AUGACGGGGAAGCUCUAUCUAAAAGCCAUUCUUCCCAUCGGCCUGUUUUUUAGCUUGAGUUUGAUAUGUGGAAACCAGACGUAUCUGUACCUGAGUAUUGCUUUUAUACAGAUGCUAAAGGCAACCACCCCAGUGGCAGUCCUCCUCGUAGGUUGGGGAAUGAGUGUAGAAACUCCGAAUGUUAGGGUGCUUGCAAACGUCUCCGUGAUUGUGCUAGGUGUCAUGGUUGCCUCGUAUGGGGAGAUCGCCUUCAAUUUAACUGGCUUCGUUUUCCAAACCGUCGGCAUUAUUUUCGAAGCUUUCCGCCUUAUCCUGGUACAGCGGCUGCUUUGGUCUGCAGAGUACAAAAUGGACCCGCUCGUAUCCUUGUAUUACUUUGCGCCAGUCUGUGCAUUAAUGAAUUUCUUGAUAUUCCUUGUAUUUGAGGCAUCGAGGCUUAGUAUGUCCGAGGUACUUAGGAUUGGAUUACUCACACUGCUUGCAAAUGCGGCCCUGGCUUUUAUUCUGAAUAUCUCAGUGGUUUUUCUGAUCGGCAGAACUUCCUCGCUAGUCCUUACCUUGUGCGGUGUUCUCAAAGAUAUCCUCCUAGUCGGUACCUCAGUCGCCAUUUGGGGCAGUACUGUCAGCCUUACACAGCUGGUUGGCUACAGCCUUGCAUUGGGUGGUCUAGUUCUCUAUAAGCUUGGCGUGGAUAAGAUCCAAGAGCGAUAUCAGCGCAUUCGCAAUGACGGUUCUAACGCAUGGGAGGAAUUUGGCGCAAAACAUCCAACUCGAAGAAAGGCUUCGAUCGGUGGAGCGGCCGCACUUAUCCUCAUCAUGGCCCUAGGGGUUAUGUUUGGGACUGGAAAGACGGAAAUUCAGUCAGUGCCGCUGGAGGGUGGAGAAUCCAGCGAGGUGGUCUAUGUUCCCCAGAAUCCAAACAUGGUGGAACAAAGUGGGCCUUUCCCUGUCGCUACAUUAGACAUGAAAUAUCAGCCCCCUAGGAGACUUGAUAUUGUUGUCAGCGUGUACAAAGAGCACCCGGCCGCGGUUGGCCAGGGUCUAGAAGCGAUUAAGCGAUUGCCCGGGUUUGGCGGAUUGAAUCCUAACAUCAUUGUUUACUUCAAGGAUCCUAACGCUGAUCAACGAAUUGUAUAUGAUGAGACCAAAGCAAAUGCUGUUCGAAAAUUGGGAGCUAGGGGGGGAAGUAACGCUGCCUGGCUUACCCAUAUCAUUGAUAUGUGGGAUGAACUCGCAGAGCAUACAAUGUUCCUUGAUGGAUCCUUCCAGAAUUUGGAGAGGAUGGCUGAACGCAUAUAUGAUUACUACGGCCCGGAAACCGGCAUACUCUCUCUUGCUCCUAGCCUCAGCCGCUGUGCCUGCCACCAAUGCAAGGACCCCUUUGGAACAGAAGAAUCUUGGUAUCGUAUUCCAGAGAUUUUCGCCUCCUUCAAUGGAGGCUUUUGCCCUGCUGGAUAUGUCCUCUUAUCACAAUCUGGACAGUUCAUCGUUUCGGCAAAGCGUAUCCGCGGCACCCCGAGGCAUGUUUAUGAAAGCAUGAGACACCUUUUAACUAGUGGCGAUGACCACUGGAUCCAUAACGACAAGAAGUUGGGUUCUUAUACGGAUGAUCUAGAUGACCCAUUCUUUGGCCGCGCCUUUGAAAAGAGUUGGAUGAUUGCUUUCCAAUGCGGGGACCCAAGAUUGGCCGAGAGUUGCCCAACACUCUGGGAGCGACGUCAACCCCAGGACCCACCCGAUCGUUGCCAGUGCCUUGAUAGGAAUCCUGCAGAUCCCAAAGGUCCAAAGCCGGCCCGGACAACCCGAAGGCAUGUUCGGAAGGUUUGAUUUUAUGAUCUUAGGAGUUAAACCCCCAUUUCUGUUUCCUUUUCAAUGUUUUCUUUCUUUUACGUUAUUUUUGGAUUGUGUCACUACAGUAGUUUAAAAGCAUUCAAAGCGCAUGCAAUUUCAGUAUUCAUAUAUCACUACAAACUCUGUCUCCUUUA